UGAUUGCUUUGAAAUCGCGAUAGCUGAUCGGAAUCUCGCCCAAAAUGACUCAUCCUCUGAACUUCUGACCAAGCAGUUUGCAUUCCUCGUGGAAGUUGUAGACAUCUAACAGCCACAUGAGACAAACAGUGGAGAAGAGAAUAGCUGUGGCGACCUAUUAAGUCCGGGGCAAGAAGCAAUCUGGAAUUUUAUUGGAUUUACAUUUACCCUCGGUGUCAGAAGUGCGAGAGUUUCGUUCGAGAUCCGCGGCUUGCUUCUGCCAACGACAACUCACACUCACGGUGCCCACAACUGCCCCGACGCUUCGCCGAUCCAUGGUGGUUGCUAUUCAUUGUGUGUGCAUGUGUUGUGCAGUGCAGUGCCAGUGGCACUGACUCUCUGGAUUAGGAACGUGAGAGGGGAUGAACAUGUGCUGCAUUUGUCUAAUUUUUCAGGAUUGUUCGUGUGGAUUUAUACUCUAAAUGCGAGACUCUAGUUUGUGAACUGAACCUGUUUUAAAAUUAUGUUAGGGGCCUAUAUCUCUUAAAGUUUAAUGCUCGGACUGUCAAAUCUGAUCAUGUCAAUUGUCAUUUUUCAAGUUGUGAAUGUGAUUGGUGUGGAAUUGAUUUAAUUUCCGCACAGCCACAGAGACAAAUUUGUAAUCAAUUCAUUGUUGAAGAGGUCUAUCUGUGACUUAGUUGGAUAGCUGAUAGACCUAUUACUUCUAAUUCUUCUUGAUGAGGACACAUGUGGAAAGAUGUCGACCAUUGCAUCUUUAGAGGAGUUUAUGGGACACCCACUUGUUGUAUGGGUGCAGACUUUCAAAGAUGGGAACCCAUUGGAUUAUAUGGAGCUGGUGGACGGAGUACUACUUAAUGAUGCCAUGACUCAGAUUGACACCAGACCAUCAUCAUCCCUAAGGGUAAAUGGGGAGGUCAACGGUGAUAUCAAUCUACGCAUACAGAAUCUGGAUACCCUCAUGAAGAAAAUCAAGUCAUUCUAUCUGGAAAUGCUUGACCAGCUGAUCGUGAUGAAGCUUCCCAACAUUCUGACCAUCGCCAAGGAGCCGCUGACCGAAGAAGCUCUGAGGGAGGUCCAGAAGGUCCUGCUUCUCAUGCUGGGGUGUGCCGUCCAGUGUGAACAGAAGGAACUCUUCAUCGAAAGAAUCAAGCUCCUUGAUCUGGACGUGCAACAGGAUAUUGUCCUUCAUAUUCAAGAGGUGACGGACAAUUCUGAGAAUGUAUUCAACCUGGAGCUGGGUGAGCUGAGUGAUCUAGACCAGGCUCAGAAGGAGAUCGUUUCUAAGAACAUGAUCAAUCAUCUACGAAGGCUGGCAUCAGAGAGGGAUGACUAUUCAGAGACUAUCAUGGAGCUUAGUCAAGAGAAGGAGUACCUCCAGUCUCAGGCAGACGGGCGUGUCCUCUCCCCUUCCCCCUCCCUGACGAGCCCCGGAACGGACAAACGUCAUGUGACCGUUGAGCUAGCCGAGUCCAAAGCCAAGCUGAGGAGAAUGAGGCAGGAGCUGGAGGAGAAGAACGAGAUGGUUCUGGAGUACAAGGAGGAGGUGGAGAAGUAUAAUACCACCAUGCAGAAGUUACGCCAAGAGAAUCUUGAGUUGACGCAAGAUGCGCGUUCAGCGAGAGCGUACAGGGAUGAGCUAGACGUGUGGAAGGAGAAGGCCAGCAAAGCAGAGAAGUACGAGAACGAGAUCGCCAAGUACAGGGAGAAGCUCAAUGAGCUCGAGUAUCUCAAGAAAAGAGUCGAGGAAUUAAAAGAAGACAACACGGUUCUUCUGGAAACCAAGUCCUUGCUGGAGGAGCAGGUUACCACUGCUAAUGACAAGCUUGAAAGGGGCCACCUGGCUGAGGCAGAGUGUCUGAGAUUGAAAGCUCAGAUAGAAACUCUAGAAGAGGAGAGGGACAUGGAUAGGGGUAGGAUAGCAGAGCUAGCUGAGGAGGUGGCCAGGCUUAGUCUAGACCAUAAACAGAGUCUCAAUGAGUCGGCCAGUCUGGGUGUGGAGCUGGAGAAGGCUAAGCUGAACUCUUCAGCUGCUGCAUCCUUAUCAGCAGAGUGCAAUGAUAGUGCUUCAAGUAAAGUGCUCAAAUUAGAAAAAGAAUGUCAAAGACUCCAACGCGAGAUGGAAACAAUGCGAGAAUCUGCCGGGUUAGAAGCGCAGACUCGGCUCCUUGAGGUCGAGAAGGAAAAUCAAAGACUCAGCCGGAAGCUUGAAAAAGUGCAAGAGGCCAGCUCCAAGGAGAUGUCUGGUCAUCUUGAGAUUGAACAGGAGAACAGUGUCCUGAAGCGAGAAAAGAAGGCUCUGGACGACACCAUCUUGACCAUCAAGGAGAAUUCAGAGAGGUAUCAGAAAGAAUGGGACGCGGAGAAAGAGCAGUUGGAAAGGACGAUAGAAACCCUGAGGGAAAGAAAUAAAAAGGAUGUCGACCAGAGGAUACAGGAUGUUGAAAAGGAGAACAGGAAGUUGUUGGAAGACAUGAUGGAUAAUCAGAGUAAACUGUCCAAAGCGGAACACGAGACAAAGCAAUUGCAGAAAUCCUUGGAGAGAUUGAAAGAGCGGACAGACAGGAUUGAGGACUUAGAAAAGAGCAAUGAGGCUCUGGAACUGGAGAAGGAAAAACUGUCGAGGAACGUUGAAAUGCUGAAGUUGAUGUGUGAAAAGUUUGACGAGGUGGAGAAGAAGAACACAGAGCUGGAGGUGGAGACAAGCAAGGUGACGCGGGCGCUGGAGUCCGCCAAGGUCCGCAUCCAGCGUCUGGAACACUUGGAGAAUGAGAAUGUGAGGUUGAAAGCGGACACCCAGACCCUGCAGAGGUCGCUGGAUGCCAUGAAGGGCAUGGCAACGCGGAUCACGGAGAUGGAGCACGAUAAGGAGGAGUGCGAGAGGGAGAACAGACAGCUCCAGAACAUGGUGGAGGGGAUCAAGACGGUGCAGGACAAGGUGGGACAGCUGGAGGUGGAUAAUAUGAAGCUAGGCAACGAGAAGAGGAGGGUGGAGAAGGUAGUGGAGCUCAACAAGGAGACCAUACACAAGCUGGAGAGGGAGAAUGAGAACCUGGAGGCAGAGGUGGAGAGGUUGAAGAAACAAAUUGAAGCUCUCAGUCUGAGUGAGAAGCGAUUGGAGGAGCUGGAGAAAGACAACAAGACCCUGGAGCUGGAGCAGCAGAACCUCACCAAGGAGAAGCAGAACCUGGAGAAGGAGAUCAAGCGUCUGCGGGGUCUGAUGGAGUCCAGGGACCAGCAAUUGGACAAGGCCCAUGCCAGGAUCGGAAGCCUGGAGCAGGAUAACAAGCUCCUGCAGAAGACGGUCGGCAAGAACAAGGGAUCCGGGGACAGGGCCAAGGAACUGGAAAGGGAGAACAAGGAGCUACUUAAACACUCUACUAUCGAUAAAAAGACUCUUGCCACACUCAGGGAGGAACUUGUGAAUGAAAAGAUCAAAACUCAGCAACUGAGCAAUGACCUGGAGAAGCUCACCUCAGAACUGGAUCGCAUUGGAUUAGAUAAAGAGAAGUUACUCCAAAGAGAGCUCACUGCAGAUGAAAGUCGGUAUAAGGACUUGGAAAGCCGAAUGGAAGACACAUUGAAGAAAAGCAUGGACAUCAAGGAUGAUAAAAUCAACACUUUAGAAACAAAGCUCCAAUCAGCGGUGAGUAAGAAUCAGCAAUUGACUGAUGAGCUGAAGAAGAUCAAAAUAGAUAAUGAAAUAGUCAAAGAACAACUGGUGCAAGAGACUAGCAGUGCCAAAUCUCCAUCUUCCAAUACUACACAAGAAGCCAAAGUCAAACGAUCUGACAGUGACAGAGUUCAAGCAAAACAGAUCAUGCAGAUGAAAGAUCACUUAGUAGAGCUUGAAAGAAAGAAUGCCACCUUCCUUGCCGAGAACACCAACAUGCAGACUCAGGUUCAGAAUCUUGAGAAGCAAUCAGAGACAUUGAGGUCAGACUGUAGGUCAUUCCAGAACAAGGUUGAAUCCCUGCAGGAUCAGAACAUGUCUCUGCAAGCACAGAAUGCCAAGUUACAGGUGGAGCAUUCCACCAUCUCAGCCCAGAUGUCGUCGCUGCGCUCCAAGCUCAACACCCAGGAGACGGACUACGACAAGCUCAAAGAUCGCUUUGAGGAGCUGAGUGCCAACCACGAAGCCCUGCUCAACGACCAUGAGAACCUGGUGCAGCUGCACGAGACACUGUCCACAGAGUACGAGUCUCUGGAUUCGGAACAUGGCACCCUGAAAUCACACUACAGGCAUCUGAAGGGAGAGCUGCAGGAUGUACAACAGAAGUGCCAGGAGACCGAGAAGAGAUACAAGGACCUGGAGACACUGAAGAGCUCCCUCAAGGAGGAGGAGGCCAAGUUCCGUCGGCUGAAGUCCGAGUCCCAGAGCGUGGAGUCCCUGCAGAAGGAGUACAACAUCCUCCAGGAGAAGCACACCCGCAUGGACAAGGAGUAUCAGAGGGUGGAGGGGGAACUCAAAUCCUUGAAGGGUUCACAGAGGACGCACCAGUUGAACCAUACCAACAUGCAAGGUCAGCUGUCUGAAUCCAAAGAUCAAUGCCAAUCAUUAGAGAUGGAGAGAGCUAAACUAGAACAUAGAUGCGAGAUGCUGUAUCAGUUGAAUGCCAACCUGGAGGAGGAGAACCGUAAGCUGAUGGAGCAGUUGAGUCAGCUGAUGGCUCAGAACUCGGAGCUCCUGGUUAACACCCUGGAGACCAAGGAGCUCCACCAUGAGGAGCAAAGACAACUAGAGGAUCAGCUACAUAACAUGAGACGGCAGAAAGAGAAGCUAGAAAACAAGAUCAUGGAGCAGUACAAGAGUUACACAUCCCCGUCAAAGAAGACCAGAGGCGGACUGAAUUUCAAAUUCAUGAAGAGAAUAUACAAGAGUAAAUCACGAGACAAGGACAGGGAGAGAGAGAAGAGGAGAACGUUAGAUGGAGACAACCAUCUCGACGUAGCCCAGGAUAGCCUCGGUGAGGCGUCAUCCAUUGGAUCCGGUAUCGAUUCGCUCGAUGGAUCAAUCGUCAUGGAAACCAACAAGAAAUUAGACGAUAGGAGAGCAAGCUUGGAUAGCAACAACUCAGUGGUUAGGAGAAAGAGAGACAGCUUUACUUCAUCGGCAGCCAAUCGACAAUCCAUGCCUUCACAUGUAUUAGAUGGAAAUUCGGAUUCCAAAGGAGCCUUCAGCAUGUCUAGCGAGGACCUGCGUAUGUCCCGUGACUCCCUGGACAAAGGUAUGAUGCCCAGUGUCAGUACCCCCAUGCUGCACGACACACAAUCACAGGACAGCCAAUCAGACAGAGCUCAUCGUCGGAGCAGUAACCUGUACUCCGUGGAGGAGAGCCCGCCCUCUAGUGUCUCUCCUUCAUCUGUCUCCAACAGUUUCAACUAUACUGAAUCUGAAAUAAGAAGAGGUACACUGCGGACGUCUCAGAGCAGUGGUGCUCUCAACACCAGCUGCAACCAAUCCCCGUCCACGUCGGCCAUCCCAACAGCCACCAACGGGAGGCCCCAACACACCUCGACGCCAAACUCUUCUUCCCAGAAUACAUCUCCACCGUCCAAGCCCCCUCGAUCGCCGACAGGUGGAAGCGAAAUGCUCGACGAUGACGGCAGCGGACACUACGUGAAGAACCCCCAGAGGGGAGAGAAGAUGAGACAGCGAUCGGGCGCCGUCGGGAUGCUCUCAAGGAUAAAGAGCCGCUCUAGGGAGAUCCUGACAGACCUUCGGGCGGGGUCACUGGAAAACCUCAACGACAUCUCGCGGGACGGCGACGGAAACACCAAAUUUCUCGUCCGGCACCAGUCAUUUAACGAUAGAAUAGGCCUCAGGUAUUCUUGCUGGGACUACUAUAGUCACCCUCAAGCAACUGAGGUGGAUGGCCCUGUCGCAACGGCACCCCACAAGACGUACGGAUCGGAGGAUUCCAUCGAGGCGUCCGUGACACGAGAUCUUCAUUCGGUCAAUGACAGCAGCAAGCGAACUGUCAAGGAUGUGGAGUUUGAAGUUCUGGAUGAUGAGGAGGAGGAGAUCGUCACCGUCCGAUCACCGAAGCGGGAGAAACAGCCUGUCCCGAGUAGUAAGGGUGCUUUGGGUUCAUCUGCGUACACGGCACGGCCGUACGCCAAGCAGAAUUCCCGGGAGGACAACAAAUCUCAGUCGUCUGCUUCAUAUGCCUUACCUUCCCAAGGGAGUACAAAGGUGAUAAAGCCAAAGCAGAACUAUCCUGACAAUGUGCCCAUCAAAGCCAAGUCAAUCCCCAUUGAAAAUGCGGCAAGGGAAAUGAGCAAGUCCAGUGAACAAUUGAGCCCUCGAGGAAAAGACAUGUUGACCAAAGAGAACCUGGCAAACCUUGAGGCUAGGUUACGUCUUGUCAACAUAGCCGGUUCUCCAGAUUCAAGCCCUUCUAACGUAAGAAGGUCACCUGCUAAAACGGCUGGCAAUGCAGAGACCAAGGCCCCCAGUGGAAAACCCCCUGUACCCCUUCCGAAGUCUCGCCCCGUCUCUGCCACAGAGAAAACUCUUAGACCUAAACCAACACCAGCAACUUCUAAAGAGGAUAAGGAAAAGGAUCCUCCUAAAAAGAACUCGGUGUGGUAUGAAUAUGGAUGUGUCUGAGUGUAUUCUACCAAAUAGAUAUAUAAAUUAGCUUUAUAGGUUAUAGAUGGCCUGAAGACUUAUGCAUCUGUCUUGGUUUGUGCAAGUUUACAUGUCAGUGUGAGAUGUUGUAUAUAGACAAAGACUAAUAGAAAAAAAAAACUAUUCAAAGUAUUGUUAUUGUGAAAUGUGCAAAAACAACUCCUUUUACAGUAAAGUAAAUUUGAUGAUGAUUCCAUGUGAUUUGCACAACUUUGGACAUGUACCAUUUAAUAGAUCAUGGUAUUCAGAUUUUCUAAAAUUCACAUAAGUUUGGUAUUACAGUUUUCUAGAGUGAAAUAUAUCUCGUGAGACAGUAAGUGUUGUGUUAUUUUUCAUUGUACACUCAAGGGCAUGUUAUGAUAAUGUCUGCCCUUCAAUACGGCACUUGCUUUUAUGGCUUAUAUUCACUUGGUAAGCUAGCAGUUUAUCUACUUCUCAGAAUAUUUUAUUCAACAUGGGCCAAACCAAUUUAGUCUAACAAUUUGGUCUAACUGCUGUGUGGUCUACACCACUUUUAGUCUAAUAUCCACUUAGUCUGUUUAUCAUUUAGUCUAAGUGUCAUUAGACCAAGUGGAUAUUAGAUGAAAUAAGUAUCAAGCCUAAACAGAAAUUAGACAAAUGGUAACAGGGCCAAAUGGCAAUUAGACCAAAUGAAUAGUAGAUGAAGUAGUUGUUGACAAGUUCGGAUUGGAUUAAUUUAGGUGAGACCAAACACCGAAACAGAAAGUAGAAAUGACAGUUGUGGACCAAUCAGUAAUUUAUUGUAUCAAUCAACGUAUAUGGUAUCAAUGAUGGAACAAAAUGAAUUAAUCAGCAUAUAUGGUAUCCAUGAUGGAACAAAAUACAGUUCACCUUGUAAUUAUAUACAUUUCUACACCAGAGAGUUAUUAUUUAUACCAUGUAGUAUAUAAACAAGGAAGAACCAAUGUCUUCAAAUAGAUAGAUCCAUUCAUUUGGAUGGACCUGAUUUACCAAUUACGAUAUGUGUAGCUAUUUUACUUUCAUGACCUGUUGUUUUGCUUAAAUCCUAAAUUAUGCUUUCCAAGUAUGCUACCUACCUAGGUCCUGUAACACAAGGCUUAGCAAUUGAUUGUAUCCUUGAUUUUGACGAUUGAUGAUGUAUUGUAGUCUGUGUGAUCAACUGUGAAAACUUGUGCUACGAUCAUUGCUUACCUUUGUGUUACCAGCGUCUUCAAAACUUCUUCUUUCAUUCUUCUAUUCAUGUGGAGUCAUGAGGAUACACAUGCAUUCUGUCUUGGAAAUUGGUAGAUAUAUUUCACACGCACAUCAAAACCAUCAUAUUCGGUUCAAUGGUAAUUUACAUUUACAACCAUUGUCAGUCUUUUUGUCAACAUUAUGGAAUGUUGGUACAUGGUGUAUGUGUAAAAGCUUGCUCCUCUAUUCUGAGUCGGUCAUACUGAGAUUGCACAUGAUGAAUGCUUUAUUUAGAAAUUAUUGAUUUAUAUUAUAUUUCAGAUUUCAUACUUGUGGGGAAAAGAUCCAUUAUUUCACACCUUCCCUACCCACGUUGUUUUGCCAUUGCAGAAAGGGCAAGAAAGACAGAGAAUAUGAUGAGCAG